AUGUUAAUCGUAUCCGAUGUUAAUAUAGCAAAAUACAGAAUGGAUUACAAUGUCCCAGUGGUUGGCAAAGACUUGCCAUCUCUUGUCGAUCAGUUGGAAAAUAUAGCAGCUCAAGUAACAGAUCUGACUACUGCGGGCAGAUUUGAGACUUUAGCAACAAGAACCCAAAGAUUGUACAUGGCCAAUAUCAAGCCUCUAGAACAAUUAAGAGCGGAUAUAGUAUUCAAAUUAACGGAGCUAGAACUUCAGCUAUCGCCGUUUCGAAGAAAACUAAAUAUAUCUCUCAGCCACAUACAUACUGCGCAGUUUUAUAUUGAUAACCAGGGGGAUGUCAUAGCUCACAAGCAUGGUUGGUGGGUAUGUGGAUUUCUGCUUGGAGUGUUAUGGUGCGCUGCGCUCACACCACUCUGUGUCAAACUUUGGCGUAUAUACGGCAGGAAAAUUAGAGCUCACGAAGCUAUGACACUUGCAAACUUGGGAUCUGGACCACAAGAAACUCCUACAACAGCUUUAUGCGAUGGUAGCAAUUGGAAUACACCUGGGUAA